AAUGCGCAUCUGUCAUGGCUGCUCACUGAUGCCGCUUGCACCACAUGGGUGGAAAUAAACAUUUUAUCUCUGACUGAGAAACACCGACUAGGCUCAUUCAUAAAGCGAUUAAUCGCCGUUUUUGAUCUCCGUCAGUCCGGACUGAAGACAGACGCUUCCCCCGUCACUAUAACAGGGAGCAGAGGCGUUACAAUGCCGCUGGACGUAGAGAUCCCCGUCCUCCGAGGCUUUUUAACACCCAGCGAGGCAGCGGAAUGGAAGCAGAGUAUUUUCAGUACUUCAGAGGCGGGCUCUCUGCUGGAGUCCUUGAUGGAGGGGGACUUCGAGGCGGUCCUGCUGAGCCCCCAGGUGUUAGAUCUGCUUACUGGAGAUGGCAGCUGCAGCGAGGGGAAGGACAUCGAGGCCCACCUGGAGAAACGGGUCCUGCUUUACCUUACUUCUGGCACCAAGGACGACCAGAACAACAGGGAGCUGGCAGUGAUGGCCCUGGCUGUGUCUUGCCUCCACAUGUUUGCCCAGAGUAACUGGACUGGUCCUCCUGUCUCCAUCCAUGUCUCUGACCUGCUGCCUCAGGCCCUGCUCUCCUCUCAGACGCAGACCCUGGUUGAGGCUAUCCACUCCAGCCUUCUCCUGGAUGGAGAGACUGUGUACAGCCUGGUGGCCAACCCGUUUCUCCUCCUGCUCGCCAGGGUUAUUCUCACCAAGUGCUCCUUGAAGAUGGACAGCCUUCAGCUGCUGCCCUGGUGGACCCUGCGCUACGUCAACCUGCACCAGCAAAUCCUGGAGGCCCGUUCUCCACAGCUCCUCAACUUGGCCCAGAGCAGCAUGGACAAAGUGCUGAAAUGUCAGUCUCUAUUGUCGGAGCAUAGAAACCUGGUUAUCCAUUUCCACCUGGAGUGUGUCUACAUCAAUCUCACCUACUAUGAAUACCAGCCAGCCAAGGAACACAUCAAGAAGGCCCAGGAGCUCUCAGGGCUCACUAUCAACAUGACAGGUGCUCUUGGAAAACGGACCUAUUUCCAGCAGAAGUACUUGGCUCAGCUCAUCCUUGAGGUCAAGAGAAAGCAGGAGCAGCCUGGCCAGACAGAUGAGGCCACUCCCACCCCCACACCUCAGGCCAGCCUGCCAAAGGACUACAGUCUGGGUGAUGACACUGUGAUGGAUAAGAUUAAUUUAGCGGAGCCAGAUCAGUAUGAGCUCCCUGACCUCAGCGCUGAGGAGCAGGCUGUCAUCCUGGGCAUCUGCACUGACUUCCAGAAGAAUAACCCUGUACACAAACUGACUGCAGAGGAACUCCUGGCCUUCACAUCUUGUAUUCUGUCUCAGCCUAAGUUCUGGGCUGUAGAAGUCACAGCACUUUGCCUCAGGACCAAUCUGGAAAAAGGGAGCUCCCGAUGUGUUGAGAGAGCCAUGAUGCAAACCCAGGUGAUAGUAGACCACUUUGAAGACAAGAACUGUCCUGUGACCGAGAGGCUCAAGGGGUUCUACUUCUGCCAAGCUCCAACCAGAUGGAAUGUCCAGAAACAGCUGGCCAGCCUGCUGAUGGACCUCGGCUGCAACAGUUCAGCUCUGCUCCUUUAUGAGAAGCUGGAGCUCUGGGAGGAUGCAGUUAUCUGCCAUGAGAGGCUGGGCCAACAUGGCAAGGCUGAGGAAAUCGUUCGCCGCGAGUUGGAGAAGAAGGAGACGCCCAGUCUGUACUGCCUCCUGGGAGACAUAUUGAGGGACCAUCAGUACUAUGACCGAGCAUGGGAGCUUUCGGGCCAACGCAGUGCCAGAGCCAUGCGCUCCAAAGCCCUGCUGCACCUUCGCAACAAGGAGUUCCAGCAGUGCGUGGACUGCUUUGAGCACUCAGUCAAAAUCAACACUAUGCAGCUCGGCGUGUGGUUUUCCCUCGGCUGUGCCUACUUUGCCCUGGAGGGCUAUGAGGGAGCUGCCAAAGCUUUCCAGAGGUGUGUGGGACUAGAGCCAGAUAAUGCAGAAGCGUGGAACAACCUCUCUACAGCCUAUAUUCGCCUCCAGAAGAAAAACAAAGCCUUUCGUACCCUGCAGGAAGCCCUAAAGUGUAACUUCGACCACUGGCAGAUCUGGGAGAACUUCAUCGUUGUAAGCAUUGACAUCGGGGAGUUUGCUGAAGCCAUCAGGGCCUACCAUCGCUUGAUGGACCUCAGGGAAAACUACAAGGACAUCCAGAUUCUACAAAUCCUGGUUCGGGCAGUUGUUGAAAACUUGAUGGACAGUCAUGGCGAGCAGGCAGUGACUCUGCAGUCCAAAGUGAAGGAGCUUCUGGGCCGGGUCAGUUCCCGCCACAGCAGUGACUCUGAGAUAUGGCAGCAGUACGCUCUGCUGUACGGAGACGGACACAGCUCUGACCCAGAGGACAACGAAAAGGCUCUGCAGUUCUUGUCCAAGGCUCAUCGCUGCAAGGUUCAGACUGGUGGCUGGGAGAAAGAACCUGCUCUCUUCAAGGAGGUGAUCAAGAAAGCCACCAAUAUGGGUGAAGUGACCAUCAGUUGCUGUAAGAAGAAGGCUAAUCCAACAGAAGCUGUACAGAUGCUCUCAUCCACCCGCCUCAGCCUCAAGAGUCUGGCCACUAAAGCUAAGCAAAUGCAUACAGAUGUGGCCACGGGUCAGAUCCAUGGUGAGCUGCAGGACGGUGUCACUGCUCUGGAACAAGUCAUCACAGACCUGCAGGAGCUGAGUGGGAAGCUGCGUGACCAAUCACAGUGACCGUCUGCGCAGGAAAAAUCAGAAGCUGUGGCCCUGAAGGCUCCUCAGUAGUAAAGACUAAUCCGAAACAGACAGACUCAGCUGUAGGCAUUAGCUUUGUGUAUGGCCGAACGCCUUAAAAUCAAGAGUUUUACAUGUGACACUUGAGAAUAACACAAGAUUAAAUGAGAAUGCCAAACGUUUUAUUUUGUAGUCAUGAUGUUUUUAUACCUCUAUAUCCACAUUGGACUGUAAACAAUGACUGUAAGCCAUCAAAGAAUAAAAUAUCUAA